AUGGCUGCAUUUAAAGGCAAAUUAUUGAUUUGGAAAAGAAGGGUAAAUGAUAAUAAUUUGGAUAUGUUUCCUUUAACUGCUAAUACUAAAUUUACUGAUAAAAUAAUACCAAUUAUCAAUGACUCAUUAACAUUAUCGGACCAAAAACUUGAUCAUUAUUUUUCAUCGCUGGAUUUGAAAUUAUUUGAUUGGGUGAGGAAUCCAUUUAAUCCUAGUUUAGAAACCUCACAUUUUUCAUUAAAAGAGGAAGAAGAACUUGCAGAAUUAAAAAACGAUCGCACUUUUCAAAUGAAAUUUAAUGAGCUCGAGCUAAGCCAAUUUUGGAUUUACACAAAAAAAGAAUAUCCGAACUUAACAAAAUUGGCUCAUUCUGUAUUAUUACCAUUUUCGACAUCAUAUUUGUGCGAGGUAGCUUUUUCUGCUUUGAAUGAAAUUAAAAACAAAAAAAGGGAAAGAUUAAUUAAUGUCGAAGAGGAGUUAAGAGUCGCCCAUCGAAGAUUUCACCACGAAUUGAUACAUUAUAUAGGCUUAGUGGCUUGUUCUAUACGCCAUGCGUAUUAA